AUGGAGUUAUUACAAGGUUAUGAUUCCGAGGACGAGGUGGAGUCUGUCAAAGUUGAGGCAAAGGUGACGAAACCAAAGUCGCAAGGUCGUGAAAAGUUGCGCAGACUGAAUUUGGGCAAAGUGUUGGGGAUCGCAGAGACAAAGCCCGGUUCUGUUCCUAUCAAGGAACAGAGUGUAGAAGAGUUACGGGUGAAUAAGGUGGAGCAUUUGGAGGAGGAAGAGGAGGAAGACCACAAACCAGUUCAGGAAUCGUCCAAGAUGGUUGAUCUGGACAUGAACAAGUUCUACGCAGAGAAUAACCAGCUAAUUUCGUCUGGUGAGCUGGACCACAAGGAAACGGUGUUAUCCAAUUCCCGAGCACAGUAUUACGGGGUGGGGAAUAAUAACCUGGCCGACGUGAUUGAAUUUACACAGAAAAACAACGACAAGAUCGCGCGACAGAUCGAGAUCGACCGCCGCAAGCUCAAGGCCAAAGGUAAACGCGGUGAUAGGUUAUAA